AUGGUGGGCGAGUUCUUCGUGGCGCCCGAAGAGCAGAUCACCGAUCCGGCUGCAUUCAUGGUUGAUCUCAAUCUUCAGUUUGAUGACCAGGACGGAAACACGUCCGCCUGCAGGAGGAAGUUGGGCGACCAGAACGGUGAGAGCAGCACGGGCACUGCUCCCAAGAAGAAACCGCGCUCCGCCUCCGCGACAACGCCGCCGGUGCAGAGGAAGGGCAAGAGCAGUGUGCCACCCAAGAGGGCUUCCAAGGGCGCGUGCAGCCGAGGCGCGCAGCAGGAAGAGAGCAAUGGCGGCAACAACGUGCAGAGCUCCAGCAACUACCUCUCCGACGACGACGACGACGAGUCGCUGGAGAUGACCUCGUGCAGCAACAUGAGCUCGGCGUCCAAGAAGAAGUCGUCGUCGCACGGCGCUGGCGCCAAGGCCAGGGCCGGGCGUGGCGCCGCCACCGACCCGCAAAGCCUCUACGCCAGGAAACGUAGAGAGAAGAUCAAUGAGCGGCUGAAGGUGCUGCAGAAUCUUGUCCCGAAUGGAACCAAGGUAGACAUUAGCACGAUGCUGGAAGAAGCAGUUCACUACAUCAAAUUCAUGCAGCUCCAAAUCAAGCUUUUGAGCUCGGACGAUAUGUGGAUGUUCGCGCCGAUCGCCUACAACGGGUUCAACGUCGGGCUCGACCUCAAGAUCGCUCCGCCACAACAAUGA